AUGUCUGUCAAUCCGCGCAAGAGGAAGGUAGUGACGCGCCCGGCGCCAGAGCCUAGUGAUUCCGAAGGUGAAUUAGGCGACGGCUUGCUUGAGGGCAUUCUGUCGCAUUCCGAGGACGAUUCAGACAACAGCCGAGAAGAAGAAGUCGAUACGGAUGCAAGCAGUGUAAUUGAGGGCCUGUCUGACGAAGACGAAGAGGAGGAUGAGGACAGUGACUCAGAGCAGAUACGCACAGAAAUGCGCAACCUCAACACGUCAGAUGGUCCGCUGCGCAAGAAGAAAGGCGUCCCGACACAUGACAUGGACCUCGACACUGCUGUAACAGAGGAGCUAGAGGAUGACGAGGACCUCAAGCCCAACUACACUGUUACUACCGACGCGCAUGGCAAUACUCGAUAUAUCUACAAGGAGAUCGACCCAGUCUACGAGUCCGACGAUUCAGACGUUGAAGCUACGAAUACCAUCGGCAACAUAGAUCUCAAGUACUAUGACGAAUACCCGCAUAUUGGCUAUGACAUCAAUGGCAAGAAGAUUAUGCGCCCGGCCAAGGGAGAGGCUUUGGAUGCGCUGUUGGACAGCAUUGAUAUACCCAAGGGCUGGACCGGUCUGACCGAUCCGCAGACGGGCAAGCCACUGAACCUGUCAGAAGAGGAACUGGAUGUGCUCAAGAGGCUCACAAGGAAUGAGGUGGUCGAGGAUGGAUACGAUCCGUACCCCGAGAUGGUGGCCUACUUCUCUGGCAAGCAGGAGAUCAUGCCACUGAGCGCUGCCCCAGAACCCAAGCGACGAUUUAUUCCUUCCAAACAUGAGGCCAAACGCGUCAUGAAACUCGUAAAGGCAAUCAGGGAAGGUCGCAUCCAGCCAUACAGAGCGCCUGAGGAACAGGAAGAAGAGCAGGAUGCUUUCAACUUCGAUGUAUGGGCAGAUGAGAAGCCACGACCAGACAACUCGAUGCACAUCCCCGCACCUAAGCUACCACCGCCAGGCUACGAAGCAAGCUACCACCCGCCGCCUGAGUAUCUACCAGACAAGGCUGAAGAGCAAGCUUGGUUGGAAGCAGAUGAGGAGGAUCGGGAGAGGGAAUUCUUACCCAAGAACUAUGAUGCUCUGCGAAAGGUUCCUGGCUACGAAACAUUCGUCAAGGAACGUUUUGAGCGGAGUCUGGAUCUUUACCUGGCUCCUCGUAUACGAAGAAACCGACUUAACAUCGACCCUGAAUCACUACUACCCAAGCUACCGAACCCUGAAGACCUGAAGCCUUUCCCUACAACUUGCGCGGCCAUCUUCCGCGGACAAGAAGGACGUGUCCGUUGUGUAUCAAUUGAUCCAAAUGGCAUAUUCGUUGCAAGUGGAGGAGAUGAUGGUUACGUGAGAAUUUGGGAGCUCCUGACCGGUCGACAAGUGUGGAAUGCGAAGCUGUCCGAUGAGGAAGCCGUUGAUGCAGUACAGUGGAGGCCCAAGAAGGAUGCAUCUGUUGUUGCCGCUGCUUGCGGUGAGAACGUCUUCUUGAUAGUUCCUUUCACACUCUUGUCACCGGAUGUGGAGCAAGCCAGUCGCGAGGUCCUUGAUGCAGGUUGGGGUUACGCAACGUCCAAACCAUCGACGAGCUCAAACGGUGAGGCUCCCAAACAAGCACCAGGAAAAUGGAGCCGCCCAGGAGCUCGUCUUGAGAACAAAGGCGUCCUUGUCCAGGUUGAAGUCAGAUCAGCUGUCAAGAUUGUCAACUGGCACAGGAGGGGAGACUACUUUGCCACAGUAUCGCCUCGCGGUCAGAGUACAGCAGUGGCCAUUCAUACUGUCUCAAAACACCUCACUCAACUUCCCUUCCGCCGUCUCAAGGGUAUCGCACAGACAGCACAGUUCCAUCCCUCCAAAGCCAUUUUCUUCGUUGCUACUCGCAACACCAUCCGCAGCUACGAUCUCGCGAAGCAAGAGCUUGUCAAGAUACUGCAACCAGGUGCCAAAUGGAUUUCGUCGAUUGACGUGCAUCCCGGGGGCGACAACCUCAUUGUCGGUACCUACGACAAGCGUCUCCUAUGGCACGAUCUCGACCUUUCGAACAAGCCCUACAAAACGCUGCGUUUCCACAAGGAAGCCAUUCGCGCUGUUCGCUUCCAUCAAGGUGGUCUGCCACUCUUUGCCGAUACUUCAGAUGAUGGCACAAUACAGAUUUUCCAUGGAAAGGUAGUGGGAGACCUUAUGGAGAACGCUACCAUCGUCCCAUUGAAGGUACUGAAGGGGCACAAGGUCAGGAGCAGGCUGGGUGUCAUGGGUCUGGACUGGCAUCCCAAGGAGCCAUGGUGCGUGUCGGCUGGUGCAGAUGGCACGUUGAGGUUGUGGAGUUAG